GCGGGCGGGCGGGGUGGGCCCGGCCAGGCCGCGAUGGCGACCAGGAAGGCGGGCUCGCGCCUCGAGACGGAGAUCGAGCGGUGCCGCUCCGAGUGCCAGUGGGAGCGGAUCCCCGAGCUCGUCAAGCAGCUGUCGGCCAAGCUCAUCGCCAACGAUGACAUGGCAGAGCUUCUCCUCGGGGAGUCAAAGCUGGAGCAGUCCCUGAAGGAACACCCCCUGCGGCAGGGGGCCAGUCCCCGAGGCCCCAGGCCCCAGCUGACCGAGGUCCGCAAGCAUCUGACCGCCGCCCUGGACCGCGGGAACCUAAAGUCAGAGUUCCUACAAGAAUCCAAUCUGAUCAUGGCCAAGUUGAAUUAUGUGGAAGGAGAUUAUAAGGAGGCUCUCAACAUCUAUGCCCGGGUGGGCCUCGAUGACCUGCCGCUGACAGCCGUCCCUCCCUACAGGCUGCGCAUGAUUGCGGAAGCCUACGCCACCAAAGGACUUUGUUUAGAGAAGCUGCCUGUUUCCUCUUCUACCAGUAACCUCCACGUGGACCGGGAACAGGAUGUUAUCACCUGUUAUGAGAAAGCAGGGGACAUUGCGCUCCUGUACCUCCAAGAGAUAGAAAGGGUAAUACUUACCAAUAUUCAAAACAGAAGCCCUAAGCCUGGCCCUGCUCCCCACGAUCAAGAACUAGGUUUUUUCCUAGAAACAGGACUUCAGAGAGCCCAUGUCCUCUAUUUCAAAAAUGGGAACUUGACGAGAGGAGUUGGGAGAUUUAGAGAGAUCCUCAGAGCCGUAGAAACAAGAACAACACAAAACCUGCGAAUGACAAUAGCCCGGCAAUUGGCGGAGAUUUUGUUGCGGGGUAUGUGUGAACAGAGCUACUGGAACCCUCUGGAGGACCCACCCUGCCAGUCACCUCUGGACGAUCCUCUCCGGAAAGGAGCAAACACAAAAACCUACAUCCUCACUCGGAAAGCCCGCGUCUACUCAGGAGAGAACAUUUUUUGUCCUCAAGAAAAUACUGAAGAAGCCCUGUUGUUACUGCUGAUUAGUGAAUCAAUGGCCAACCGGGACGCUGUGCUGAGCAGAAUACCCGAGCACAAGAGUGACCGCCUCAUCAGCUUGCAGAGUGCAUCUGUGGUCUAUGAUUUACUGACCAUUGCCCUUGGAAGAAGAGGCCAGUAUGAGAUGCUGUCGGAGUGCUUGGAAAGAGCCAUGAAGUUUGCCUUCGAGGAGUUCCAGCUCUGGUACCAGUUUGCUCUGUCUCUCAUGGCCGCGGGAAAAUCUGCACGGGCCGUGAAGGUGCUGAAAGAGUGUAUCCGUCUGAAGCCCGACGAUGCCACCAUCCCGCUCCUCGCCGCGAAGCUGUGCAUGGGGUCUCUUCACUGGUUGGAAGAGGCUGAGAAGUUUGCCAAAACCGUCGUGGAUGCGGGAGAGAAAACGUCAGAGUUCAAGGCCAAAGGCUACUUAGCUCUGGGGCUCACGUACAGUCUGCAGGCCACUGACGCUUCUUUGCGAGGGAUGCAGGAGGUCCUACAGAGAAAGGCGCUUCUUGCAUUUCAGAGGGCCCACAGCCUGUCACCUACAGAUCACCAAGCAGCUUUCUACCUGGCUCUGCAGCUUGCCAUCUCCAGACAGAUCCCAGAGGCUCUGGGGUACGUCCGCCAAGCUCUUCAACUUCAAGGUGAUGACGCCAACUCCCUGCACCUCCUUGCCCUCUUACUCUCUGCACAAAAGCAUUACCACGAUGCUCUGAAUAUCAUUGACAUGGCCCUCAGUGAAUAUCCGGAGAAUUUUAUACUACUGUUUUCCAAAGUGAAGUUGGAGUCACUCUGCCGGGGCCCGGAUGAGGCGCUCCUCACUUGUAAGCACAUGUUACAAAUAUGGAAAUCCUGCUACAACCUAACCAAUCCCAGUGAUUCUGGACGUGGGAGCAGCCUCUUAGAUAGAACCAUUGCUGACAGACGACAGCUUAACACAAUUACUUUGCCAGACUUCAGCGAUCCCGAGACAGGCUCUGUCCACGCCACGUCCGUGGCAGCCUCCAGAGUGGAGCAGGCACUGUCAGAAGUGGCUUCGUCUCUGCAGAGCAGCGCCCCCAAGCAGGGCCCGCUACACCCCUGGAUGACGCUGGCGCAGAUCUGGCUCCAUGCAGCUGAAGUCUACAUUGGCAUCGGGAAGCCUGCAGAAGCCACAGCCUGUACUCAGGAAGCUGCCAACCUCUUCCCGAUGUCCCACAACGUCCUGUACAUGCGCGGCCAGGUUGCUGAGCUCCGGGGGAACCUAGAUGAAGCCCGGCGGUGGUACGAAGAAGCCUUAUCCAUCAGCCCCACGCACGUGAAGAGCAUGCAGCGACUGGCCCUGAUCCUUCAUCAGCUGGGCCGCUACAGUCUAGCAGAGAAGAUCCUCCGGGAUGCGGUGCAGGUGAACUCGACAGCCCAUGAGGUGUGGAACGGGCUGGGCGAGGUCCUGCAAGCCCAGGGCAACGACGCAGCAGCCACCGAGUGCUUCCUGACGGCCCUGGAGCUGGAGGCCAGCAGCCCUGCCGUGCCCUUCACCAUCAUCCCCCGGGUGCUCUGAGCAGGCGCCUGCCAGCCUCACUGCUGCUCAGGCCCCCCCGGGCCCCCCCCGGGGGCCCCCCCCCCCCCAUCCCCCCACCCCGCCGCACCGAGGCCACGGAUGGACGUGUGACUGACCACACUGCACUAACGGAACGAGCCCCAGUUCAUCGCUCUCCCCACACGCAUUUCUGUUACUGUUUUGGCCAGCCCGAUGAUAGUUUUUGAACCUACUGAACAUUGUUCAAAAUGGAUUAUGUGCCAUAUUUUGUUAGUCGACAUCUGCGUUUUAAAGUCAAAUGAUAAUGGACUUAAUCAGCAAAUGUAGAAGAAUAUAUCCAAAGUUAAAAUUCAGUGGCAGAGCAGAUUAUUUUUAUCAGAGCUGUAAAGAAAACUCUCCUUCCCCUACCACUCCUGCCCCAACCUCGGCCCGGAAACCAAAUGUGAAUUUCCUGUUUCCCACCUCAGUGCUAGUCCAAGCCAGGACACCAGCUGACGAUUUCUUGGUUUCGUUGUCAAUAAUUGUACCGUGUGAAUUCCUGUCCUCACUUAGAGCAAAGCCUGAGUUGGAGAAUGUUUCUAUUUCACCAAUAUAUGCCUGUUACAAGAGAAGGAAAUAGGAGCUAUUUAAGUUUAACUUUUUUAUGUGAAUUCAGAGUUUAUUUAUCGAUGGAAAUAUGUACAAAGAAGCUUCAAAUGGAAUAUUUACCGACAUUCCUUAUACAUGACAGACACUUGGCUAAAUGGGAAGAUGAUGUUAAUAAUAAAAUGAUUUUUAAAUGGA